AUGCCUCCUUCUACAACUGCUCGGCGCCGUGCGAAGCAGGAACCACUGGAUAUCAAGUCAGAAGCGAAUACAGAAGAACCUGUCAAGGAAGAACGUCCAGGGAGCAUUGGCCCUACUGCUACUGGCGCGUCGCCCCCCGAGAAGCGGGAAACAGUCGCUAUCAAGCCAGACUCCGCGACACAGCAGCGCGUUCAGGACGGACCCGUCAAGCAAGAGCGUCCAGGGGCGGCACUGUGGAACAUCCCCGAGCAUGACGAGCACCAGACAAGCAACGAGACUGACAGUAGUGAGCCAACAAGCGACAGAGUGGAACCCUGGGACUCAGCAGCUGCGGGUCCGCUUUUCCUGUCGCGAGAUGCAUUCAAGGUUGGAUUCAGACAUCUUCUGGACAAUGUGGAAGCGACAGGACCGUUCUGUGCGAGUCAGUAUGUCGAGGCAGCUACGCCGCAGAGGCCAUAUUGCGCGCCUGCAAUCGAGAAUGCUUUAUCGGAUGGGCAAAUGACGGAAAGUUAUGAGCUUGGGCAAUGGCAGUUUUUCAGCGAGAACCCAGGAUGGCGCAGACAGGUUUCCUUAUUUGCAAAGGAAGGACUCACCAAGCUUGGGAUCUCCCAACCGGACGAUGUCCUAGCCAGACCUGAAAAGUUAAUUGCCUUCAAGGAAGGAUCCUUCUUCAUGCCCGAAACCCGGCCGUGCAACGAACUGGAAUCUCAGGAGCAUUUUGGAACACUGGCGAUAUGUCUUCCCUCUAGGCAUGAGGGAGGUGACCUCAUGGUCUCGCACAGCGGCCAAGUAGAGACGAUUGCAACAUCCCUCGAGUCUGACUUUCAAUUUUCAUACACGAUAUUCUCUGCGUUAGGUCGCAUACGAGGCACUCGACUGACGUCGGGAUACCGAGUUGUUCUUCUCUAUAGACUGUUGCAUGGGCCGUCAAAAAAGGCCCUGCUGCAUGGUAAUUUACGCACAGAUUCACUUGCAGAAGCAGUCACCAGAUGGACGAUGUGCGCUGAACGCCAAACAGACUUUCUUCAUGGUCAGGGUCUGCCGCCGUCAACAUGGUUCUCCAGCGUGAAGGACUUGCAUUUCACAUUAAACACCCUACGACCAGAAGACAAAGUGAGGAUGGCCAAACUGCGCAGGAUCUGCAACGCCGAGGGUUGCCUCAUACUUCUCGCCUUUCUGCGGUUCCUGAUACCCGGAUCCAAACAAGAGGGUGAUGACAGCUUCUCGCGGACAGUUGAUUAUCCCAAUCUUUCCCAUCCAACUGUGCCGGACUUUUAUAUUCAUCUCGCUAAGGACUUGGAUGGGAAUACUGUUUUUCGGGGGGCGGAAGGUAACCCGUCGCUCCCCGCGUACGACUUGCAAGAUGGUGUAGAGCCCAUUGCAGAAAAUGGAUCACGGGGUCCAGCUAUCCAUCGGCACUAUGUACACACCGUUGCUUUGGUGGUCCCGAAGCCCUUUUACGCCCCUCUACUCCUGAGUACAGCCAAGGCUGGGAACCUGUGUAACCCGAGGGAAGUGCUAAAAGACAUCUACCGUGAAUACCAGGCUUGCCCCGAGAAGCAAAAGCUCCGCAGUCAAGUUAGUGAACUAUGUGAGAUUAUGGCUUCACAAGAUAUUAUGACUUCACAACACCGGCGUCUCACAAGAGAUGCCCUUCUUGAUGUUGCGCCUAUUGCGCUUGAAAUUGGAAAAUUCGACGUCGUUGUCAAAUGCCUGGAUGUGUUGGGACACCGCUCCGAGAGGCUGGCCGGGGAUAUUGGGAAAGCGAUAUACACCCAUGGCGUGCAGCAGAUGCAGCCUGUCCUUGAAAACCUGUGGAAGGUCCAGACGCGUAGUAGAUUGGAUGGCAUGUCCACGCUUGCAGGAAUUCGUCGCGCGUGGGACAAUAGUGCAGGCGAACAACAUACUCCCGACGAAAUCCACGCAUGGUUUUCACGUACUUUUAAUAUGCUCUUGACGCGGACUGGGCUAACGCCAGAGUUGCGCGAGAUCGACGGACAAGAACUUGCAUUUGGCGUGGGAUUACUGACCAAGUCCUUUGUGGAGGAGAAUGCAGUUCCCUUUGUGCGUGUGAAUGGCCACUAUAACGGUUUUGUUGUCUCUUUCCUUACAAUGCUCUUUCGUCUAACUCCCGAACGCGAUGGCCACGAUCUUGAUUUCAUAACCUCCGUAUACCGCAGUCUUCUUCCAACGCUACUACAGCAUUUCUCGAUACUCAAUGGCCCACCGGAUGGGCUACGCCACUCUACGAUUAGCCCAUCAGAACUAAUCAAGCCCAAAAGCGUUGUAAACCUGAUCGAGCAAAUGAACAUUUUGAAUCUCGAUAUCACUCCUGUCCUUUCUAUCCUCGAGCGCAGCAUCACGGAAUUCCACCACCGCCACGGCAUCUUCUUAUUCUUCCUACAACCACUUAUCGAAUCCUUAUCCUGCUAUCUCCGACCUGGGGAUCUAGCAAGUGCCUCUCCUGCAUCAACAGACAGCGAAGACACGAAUGAUGAAGUAAUCGAAUCUCCCGCACAAACAGACAGCAAAGAAGCAAAGUUCAUCGUCCGAAUUCUCAAAAACUACAUACAAAGCUACGUCGGCCCACCACCCCCACCCCCGAAACCUGGAGCCACCCUCCGCCACUUCGUCGAAGACUCUCACGCCUUCGAACAAGACUUCCCCAUGGGCGCACAGAGGCGAAAGCACCUCCAGGGUAAGUUGCCUAGGACCUUCGUCACGGAUACAAUCCGCACCGGAAGCCCGCACACCCUGUACGUCAGAAAAACGGUCGAGUGGUAUACGCCGCAUCAGCAUAACUGGAGGACCAGGGCCGCCGAGGUGCGAGGGCGUUUGCACAGCAUGGAGCUCCUCUCUCCAUUGCUUAACGCCAUUGGUGAAGAUGUAUACGAUGGCCUGGUGUUGUUGUGUGAACCUCUACCUUCACCGGCUCCAGGACAGGUGACUAGUACUCUAGCCAGCAGCGCGUCUAAUGCUCUGAAUGAGAUACAGCCAAAUCGGCAGUCGAAUUCGGGGCCCCGUGGUUCUAGUUCACCGGCGAGUACUGUUCCGCAGAAAAGGGAAUUUACGGAGCUCGAUUAG